GGGCGGUUGAUUCAGAUCAAGCAAAAGUAUUCGUCUUUGGCGUUCAAAAUUAACCCAAAUUUUCGACAAAUUGAAUACAUACCUAACUAAAGAGCGAUAAUAUGAUACGUCGCCCACUCAAAACUAGGAAGGAAUGUCCCUGAACGUGAUUAUGCUUCAUUGCGAUAUAUGUAGAGCUUUACAACACUGUUAAAUAAAACGAUAUCAACUGUAAUAAUAUAAACCUCGAGUAGCCGAAUUGUGCGAUGAUUAUUAAAAUGAUAAAUGUUGGAUUAGCAGUCUUCAGUAGGUAUAAAUAGCGUAAAGAAUGAAAUUGCGAGUGAUUUCGCGCACAUAGGAACCUACUAAUGAUUUUCAGAUUUACUGUGUAUUACGAGUAGAAUGUUAGUGUCAUUUUAGUUUUUUUGUUCGUAGUCGUAAAAAUACCUAAGUUAAAAAAAUAUGAAGUCUUCCGCGGAUACCAAUAAAGUAGCAGAUCAUAAAUUAUACAAACGAAGAUGGUUUAUGUUGUUUAUAUUUGUGAUUUAUGUGUUCAAUGGCUCGCAACAAUGGGCCCAAUUUACUAUUAUCAAUAAUUUGGUCACAAAGUAUUACAAUGUUACAACCACACAAGUAGAAUGGACGGCGAAUGUGUUUACUUUAUCGUACAUCAUACUUGUUGUACCGGCGUUAUAUCUGAUUGACUUUUUGGGUGUUAGAUACACGAUGAUCCUUGGAGCAUGCGGUAUCACAGUUGGCAACUGGAUCAAAGUAUUUUCAGUGGCACCAGAUCGCUUUCAUGUGGCUUUCUUGGGGCAAUGUUGUUCAGUUUCUUUUCUAAUGAUGACUUACGGAUUAAUGGGACGUUUUACUGCUAUGUGGUUUGGAGCUGAUGAGAUCUCAACUGCUGGAGUUUUAGCCAUUUUAGGAGAUCAACUAGGUGCAGCAUUUGCUUACUAUUUUCCCACUGUUCUGGUGAAAGAUGGUCCCGAGGAAGCCAUUGGUAAUGGAUUGAGAAACAUGCAUCUUUGUGUAUCCAUCACUUCGACUGUUAUAUUGUUUCUGGUUUUAAUCUUUUUUGAAGCAAAACCCAAACUGCCACCCAGUGUAGCUCAAAUUAAACAAAAACAAGCUAAACAAGAAAAAAUAUUACCAACUCUGGUCAAACUGGCGAGGAAACCGGCAUUUUUACUGUUUAUGGUUUCUUAUGGGUUAAAUUGUGCUUCAUUCGUUGCUUUGGCUACUUGUUUGAAUGAAAUCGUCGUGACAAAUUUUCCGGGAGCAGUCAGUGAUGCUGGAAAUAUUGGCUCUUUAAUGAUGAUCAGUGGAAUUAUAAGUUCACUUAUCGUCGGAAAGGUUCUGGACAAGACUCGGAAAUUCAAAGAAUGUGCUGUUGUUUUAACCUGCGGUACGACCCUCUCUAUGAUUGCAUUUACGUGGUCGUUGAAAUCUGGUAAUAUUUUGUUCGUCUAUGGAGCUGCAUGUAUCAUUGGAUUUUUUGUUAUGGGAUACUAUUCUAGUGGAAUGCAAUUAGGUAUCGAGCUUACUUUUCCAAUACACGAAGAAAUAUCCACUGCUAUAACUUUUCUUUCUGGAAUGACGUGCGCUUUCGUGAUAACCGUAGCAUAUGGCUACAUGAUAAAGGGCUUCGGUGACUUAAAUUCUAACAUCGUGAUGAUCGUAUUGAAUAUUAUCGCAAUCAUAGCCACAUUAUGUAUACCGGUUGAUUUGAAACGUCAACGAGCUGAAAAUGAGCCGAAUCCGAAAUCUAGCGAAUUAAAAGAAUUCAUUUAGAAGUCUCACCUUCUUCAUCAUGAUGAUCUCAAAAGAACCAAUAUAUUCGAGUAUGAGCAUUUACCUACACAAACGAUAACUUAAUCCGAAAAUUGAAGAUUGUUUUGAUCGAUGUACUUCAACUGGUUGUAAAUUAUUAUCGUGAAGUAUCUGAAAUUGUAGUAUUGAUCGAAUCGUAAAAUAUUUCGUGUUAUUUUGAAACUAAACGUGAAAUGGUUUUGUUUACGUGAAAUAACGUAAGAACAAAAGCCAAUCAAUAACUCAUCACUAAAUAAAUUUUUAAAUAAAAUUACUCAAAGACUCUCACAUCAAUCCAUUCGUCCUUAUAUGAAGCAAAAUGAAUUAAAAUCGAUUAAAUAUUAAUAUCUACACAUUACGCAAAAAUGAUUCAGAAAAAGAAACUUUCAUUUGAAAUUCAACAACGUUCCUACUUUUUAAUUUAGUCUAUAGUUACGCUGUAGUUGUCAUAAUUAUUUACAAGGAAUCGAUUAGGCAACUUAUCUCACAUCUUUGAUAAACUCCCGAUAUUUUCAAUUUUUUUUUAUUUAAUAAUUUUUAUUUUUUUUAAUGUUCUAUUCGUCUUCAUCUAUUUUUCAUUUCUUGGGUAUUUCUCUGCAGUUAUUUUUCUUCGCAUUUUUUUCUUUUUGAAGUUUCAAUUUCAAGAAUAUUUUUAGCUUGUUUCAUACUGCAUAUUUUUUGCAAAAUAAUUAUUUUGAUUCCUUAGACUUGUUUUUAUUCUUCAUUUUUUAACCUGAAAUUAUUGGUUACAUUACCGCAUGGAUUCCUAUUUUAAACUGUUAAGUAGGUAUCAGUACUACUUUUUAAAUUCUUUCUGCUGUUUUUAUUUCAAUCAGUUUUUUUACUUUUUUUUUAUUUAUUCAAAUAUUUGUGAUUUUCUUGAUUUUUGAAAUUUUUAAAAUAUUUUUUGCAUCAUUCAUUUUUUAUUUUUUUUUAUUCUUUUAUCCCCUUGCAUUUUUUUCAUCUUUUUAAUUUUUAAAAAUAUAUUUUACCAUCAUUCAAAUUGUUUUUCAUUAUCGGAUAUUUUUUGUAUGUAAUAUUGUAAUCUAAUUUUAUUGUCAUUUUUUUUUCAUUUUUGGGAACAAAAAUUAUCCCAAUAUCAUUUCUGUUUAUUUCAAACUGGUUCCCGAUAAAUUGAAUACGUAUUUGAGAGCGAUGCGUUUGUAAGAUUGCAGCACCGUCGAACUCUCAGAACUUGGAAGUAACAUGCACGUAAUGAUGGAUCUCAUUGCUGAGAAAUAGAGCUUAAAUUGAAUAAAACCUUAUCAAAUGAACCUACCUAAUAAAACCCUCAAGUAGGUACCUACCCAGUUGAAUUUCUCAACAAUUAUUAAAGUGAUAAAAAUGUACUCGUAGAUAGCGCGUUAAGAGCAGAACCACGAGUGUUUCGCAUUUUCAAGUAGGUAUUGAUAAAUAAUGCUUCCUAUACAAAUGUACCCAAUACGUAAAUUGUCAGUACCUACUAGUAUUAUAUGUAUUGUUUUCUCAUA